CGCGCCGCACUACUGGCAGCAUGCUACGAUUGCAAAUUAUAACAGAUCUUCCAUCCCGUUAUCAAGCGCUCAUCAGCAAGUUCCCUAUCGACCAAUACAUCAUCGAUCGAAAUUGUUAGACUCAGAUCAGUGAUCAACGAGUGCUAGUGGUGGAUGGUAUCCGGCCGCAGCGUAAAUUAUCAUGCACCUUUUACACACUACAACCAGGAAAUUAGAGGAAUUUAUUAAUCCUCCAGACUAUGCGAUACUCUCGCAUCGAUGGCGCGAGGAAGAAGUCUUAUUUGCAGAUAUCCAUCAGGAGCAUGCGAAAGGCAUGAAAGGCUAUGCCAAAGUAGAGGGAUGCUGUGAACAGGCACGACGUGAUGGGUAUCAGUACGUCUGGAUUGAUACCUGCUGCAUCGACAAAAGCAGCAGCGCAGCGCUUGCGGAAGCAAUCAACUCUAUGUUUACGUGGUAUGAAGACGCCCAGGUAUGCUACGUCUACCUGGAUGACGUUGCCGACAAUGGAGACCCGGACAUCGAAUCCGCGUUUGCAAAAAGCGAAUGGUUCACCAGGGGAUGGACUCUACAAGAGCUCAUUGCGCCUACGAGCUUGUUCUUCUAUGACAGCCGCUGGAGGGAGAUUGGAAGCAAGAACAGCUUAGCAGGGCUUCUUUCGUCCAUUACGAGAGUGCAUGCCGACGUAUUGACUCGCAUAAAUGCCAGGUCAGACAAGUUGAUGACCACUAGAGUAUCCUUCAGCGUCGCAACGAAGAUGGCAUGGGCUGCUGGGAGAAAGACAACCAGACCAGAAGAUAGAGCCUACUCCCUCAUGGGAAUAUUUAAGGUCCACAUGCCUGUUAUCUACGGAGAAGGGGAGAAAAAGGCUUUCUUCAGACUGCAACUGGAGAUUAUGCGUACUUCGCAUGACCAGAGCAUUUUUGCAUGGAGCAAUCCUGCCGCAGGUGGUCACAAAAGAGGGACUUGGCCCUUCGCCCUAUACCCUGAUUACUUUGCCAAGUCAGGCGAUAUUGAAGACGUGCCCUCCGACCAAUGGAUACGUUACAGUAAAAAAUUCAUGGGCACAGAUGUCCCCAGGCUUGACUUCGCCGCCACCAACGACGGCUUGGAUAUAAGUCUUCCCUUACGACCUCUUGCGCAUGAAUCGAACGAGUUCAUCGCUCUCUUGAGCUGUCGACGUCGCGUGAGUGACGGAGAGCACCAUAUCGUCGGUAUUCGUUUACGGCGCUCUGUGGUCAAUGCCGAACGUUACGAAAGGAUAGAUGAUCAUACCCUCGAGGACAUCGUCGACACUCGUGAGGAAUUUAAAGUCAAACGAAUACACAUUUCGUACCCGUUACUAUCGGAUUCAUCCGAGGCUUUUUUCUUCAGUACCUCAACGUCGCUCUUCAUUCAAAAUGUCGGGGUAGAAGAGCACGGCUUCUCCGUGAUCAAUAUGGAGACGGCCCCCUCAUGUGACCUGCAGAUGCACGAUAGUAAUUUUGUCCUGCUGAUGAGAAGACCAUCACUAUCACCGAAACCCCUACAAGAUAUCAAAGGUUCACAUCAUCUACUCCGAACUAUGGAUUCCUCGUGGUUAGCAUCGUUCACCUACCACAACUCAAUGACGAAAGAACAGUUCGUCGUCACUGUAGGGGUAUCUUGGAUACAAGACGGGGGCCCGUGGCUCCGAAUCACCUCAGAGAAGCCUCCUCCCAAUCAACUCAGUCGGCUCAAGAUCGACUGGACUUCUUAUCUGCUUAAAGCAGGCAGGAAAGUGACAGCGUCCGUGAAAAACGGUGGUCAUGCUUCUGCUGGAAAGAAGCGAUCGAUAAUGUUCGACCGGUAUUCAGUCAACAUCACGGUCUAUGGUGACCAAUGACUCGAAAGCUGGGGGGAGGUUUAGAUGAUUGGCAAGGUAUGGUUACUCGUGCGAAUCUCAGCACUAGUGACGGACGAGCAGCGGGUUGUGAAGCAGUGAA